AUGUCUGAAGUGCCAUCAGUGAAAAUAAUAUCUUCAUCCAACAACAAUAUUUCUCCUGGAGAGUCUCUGUUGUUGGCGCCAAAACGAAUGAGAGAGGGGAUGAGCAUAAGUGAGGAAAGUGUCAACAAAACUCCGCGGCUUUCAAAUUAUGACUCUCCACACCGAAUGCUUAUGUUAAUCGAUAAGAGAUUUGAGAAGCAAACAGAGCUUUUAAAAUCUCUUUUAUCUGAAACUGAGUCGCGUCUCUUAGCUGUCAUAGAUAAGAGUAUGGCCGACAUCAUGUGCGAGAUAUCAAAAUUAAAUGAAAAAUAUGUGAAACUCAAUGAAAGGGUUGACAAAGUAACAACAGUCGUGGACAAAAUUGAUGACGGUUGGAGGAAACCAAAAGCACUUCGUAACCGCUAUCGACUCUAUUCUGCGAUCGAAGGGCGCAAUACUCAAGAACCACAAGGGGCGUUAAAGAAGUUACCUGAAAUUCAGUAUAGUCAUAGUUUAUCAAUCUCAAAACCAAAGGCAGAUAAAAAGAACGAAUCAAUUAUAAAGAAGAAGGAACCAAUAAAGAAGAAAGAAUCAGAUAAAAAGAAAGAGCCAGAAAAAUCGGCAGAGGCACCGAAGCCACUAGCAUAUGCACAAGGGCCAGCGUAUAUACAACCGCAGCCAUAUAUGCAAGGACAGCCAUACAUACAACCGCAGCCAUAUAUACAAGGGCAGCCAUAUAUACAAGGGCAGGCAUAUACACAAAGGCAGUCAUAUAUUCAACCGCAGUCAGUAACACAACCGCAGCAAUUUAUUCAACCCCAGCCAUAUACACAACCGCAGAUAUAUACCCAGUCGCAGCCACUAACACAAACGCAGUCCUAUAUACAACCACAGUCAUAUAUAUUGCCGCAGCCAUACACACAAGCACAGCCAUAUAUACAACGGCAAACCUUGACACAACCACAACCGCUACAACUAAUACAACCGCAGCCACAAACCGAGCCGCAGCCGCACACAGAACCGGAGCCAAAUACAGAACCUGAGCCACUUACAGAACCGGAGCCAAAUACCGUAUCGCUUCCACAAAUUCCACAACUAUCCCAAUUACCACAAAUACCAGGACUUUCAUCAAAUAAUAAUAUACUAUAUAACGAUGACGAUGACAACGAUUACGAUAACGAUGAUCUGGAUACUGAAAAUCUCCUGCAAAUCGAUAAACCCAAUGAAACAAGUUUAACCAACCAACAACCACGAUUCCGUCAACUUUCUAUACAGCAGAAACGUAACAUGGUGCAUCCUCAGUUCCGUCAACUUUCCAGGCGUACUAAGUCACAAUUCCAUCAAUUUUCUGGUGAGGCCAAUAAUGACACAGAAAUGGGCAGAAGUCUUGAGGGAUCUAAAAGUAGUCCUCGUGAACGCGAAGAAACCAGAGGGGCGCGAAAAUCUAAAAAGAAGCGCCGUUCUUAUAAAAAAGUUCGCAAAGGAAGCAAUAGAGAUACGAAAAAACGCCGCGAUAAGAAGCAUAAACGCCGCAAGACAAUGCGCAGACGACGCAAUAAAAAUCGAAGCAACAAAAAGCGUAGACGUAUAGCUCCCCUCGUACAAGUAGUACGCAAAUAUUAUACAAGACGGCGCAAGGAACCCACUCAAGAAUCUCAUACAUCCAAUGACAGCCAAAGCCAAAAGCUAACGGAAACGGUAAUGGAAACGCAAACUCAAAUUGAACCUUUGGCUCAAAAUGAUGUUUCGUACGAACCCCAAACUCAAUCUUUACCCCAACAUUACGUUCAACCCCAAUAUCAACCCCAGUAUCAUCCAUAUCCGCAACCACAACCACAACCACAACCUCAAAUGCAACCUCUGGCUCAAUAUGAUGUUAAUUCUGCAACUCAAUUGCAACCGUUAGUUGCGAAUCAAGUACAACCCCAAUAUCAAACCCAAAUGCAGACUCCCAUGCAACCUUUAGUAACGAAUAAUGUUAGUCCAGCAUUUCAACCACAACCAUUUGUUCAGACCCAAUUGCAACCCCAGUAUCAAACACAAACCUUAGGCCAGACUCAAAUUCAGCCGCAGUAUCAAAUGCAAUCCACAGCUCAAACCCAAGUUCAACCUCAAGUCCUACAAGUUCAACCCCAAAGCCAAACCCAUAUCCCAAUGCAAGCUCAACCUCAAGUCCUACAAGUUCAAUCCCAAAGCCAAACCCAAAUUCCAAUGCAAGUUCAACCUCAAGUCCUACAAGUUCAACCCCAAAUUCCAAUGCAAGUUCAACCCCAAAGUCAAAUCCACAUUCCACUACAAGUUCAAACUCAACCUCAAAUUCAAACUCAGCAAUCACAAUCACAACCACAGCUGCAACUUCAACUUAUUCCACUAACUCAAAACCAAGUUCAGCCCCAAGUUCAAUCCCAAGUUCAACCACAACUACAACUCCAACUCAUACCCCAACCUCAAAACCAACUUCAAAUUCAACCCGAACUUCAAUCCCAACUUCAACUUCAAGUUCAACCUCAAUUCGAUGUUCAGUCUCAAAUUCCAUUGUCACUUCAACUUCAGCCCCAAAUUCAAGUUCAAUCCCAACUUGAUGGCCAACCUCAACUUCAACUUCAUCUUCCAACUCAACUUCAAGGUCAAUCUCUACUUCAACUACAACCUCAUUUGCCUUUACAAGUUCCAUCGCUUAUUCAACCUCAAGCUCAAUACCUUAUAUCAACUGGCGCAGGUCAAACCCAAGUUGUGCGGCUAAGAAGUUUGGAAGAUGAUCAAACUGUUGAUGAUAGUUUAAUUUUAGGACGCUCUACUCCACAUGACAAAGGGAGAAGACACCAGCGAAGAAGUCGAAAUCAAAAACAUGUAUGA